UGCCAUGACGUCGACCUCCGCCACCAACGCCACCUGGGGACCGGAGUUGGACGUCACCCUGGGGGGCGAAGAGGGUCUCCCGGAAGACUACGACUACGUUGAGUCCUCGACCCACUACGAUCUCGCCGACCUGGUGCCGACGGCGGCCGUGUACGGCUCCACGCUGCUCCUCGGCCUGGUGGGUAACCUGCUCAUAGUGUACACGGUGGCGAGGUUCCAGCGCAUGCGCAGCAUCUCCAACAUCUUCCUCGCCAGUCUGGCGACGGCGGACCUCCUCAUUGUCCUGCUCUGCAUCCCCGUCAAGUUCGGCCAGCUGUUCUCCUACACGUGGACGCUGGGCGAGUUCGGCUGCAAGUUUAUCCUGUACGUUCAGCACGUUUCUAUGAUCUGCUCCGUGCUCAACCUCACCUUCCUCAGCAUCGAGAGAUACUACGCCGUGAUCCACCCAGUCCGUUCCCGGUACCUCUGCACUUUUAGCCAGGCACGGAGAGUGAUCAUCUUCAUCUGGAUCUCGUCGUCGCUCUCUGCGCUGCCCAUAAUAUUUGUGCAAGCUCACGUCGAAAUGGGCCUGAGAAGGACGGCCUACUGGUGCAUGCGGGACGAGGAGAAUCCCACCAGGUGGCGCUCGUUCGAAAUCUACAUGCUGGUGCUGGUGCUGUGCAUCCCGACCAUCGUGAUGGGCUACGCCUACACCAGGAUUUGCGUCCAGCUUUGGAUGGUCGUCAAGGAGAGGGCCAACCUCACUACGGGAACGCUGAUAUCCACCGAAAUGGCCGAAACCAAGGGCAGCUUCGGUGCACGCAAAGAACCCCUGAUGAAACUCUCCAGCAAUGGGGAGCCCAAGCUUCCGAGACCGUCUCAAGCCGACGAAGACACCGUUAGGCAGGUCAUCAAGAUGCUCAUCCUCGUGGUGGCCCUCUUCGUCAUCUGCUGGGCCCCCAUCCUAAUCUUAAACGUGCUGACCGCCUUCGGAGGCGUCAAGACGCUCAACUACAGUUACCUCAAGCCCCUUCGCACUACCUUCCACCUGAUGUCGUACCUCAACAGCUGCGUCAACCCGCUGGUCUACGGAUUCAUGUCCAAGAGCUUCCGGGGCAGCUUUAGGGACGCCCUGCUGGGCUGCCUCCGGCCGCGAAGGUCCGGCGUGGCUUCGAGAGGCAACACGGGACUGAGUCGCACCCGGACCACGAGCGUCAGCUGUGGCAGGUCUAUAUGCCUCACGUGACAACGACCG